CAGAUCAGAACACCAGAUGGACAACGCUAGUCCCUCCGCCCUCCCGGAGUCCCUGUGUCGUGCCUCUCCUGGUAGCACCUUACUGCUGGGUAUGAAGAGGUUGUCUGUAUUGCUUGUUGACUGCAGGAAAACAACGGGGCUGAGUGGAACUGUGAGAGGAGGAGAAGAGAUGAAAGGAUCAGAUUUGACUCAUCAAAGAGGAAAACCAAACUUGGAGGAACCAGAGACGUCCGAACCAGCAAGACGACACCUCUGCUCCCAGAUUGGAAAGAGUUUUACCAAGUUAGGAAGCCUGAAAAGACACAAGCGGACACACACAGGAGCGAAGCCACACCAUUGCUCCCAGUGUGGAAAGAGUUUCAAAUUGUUACGAACCCUUAAAGGUCACGAGCGAAUACACACAGGGGAGAAGCCAUACCAUUGCACCCAGUGUGCAAAGCGUUUUACCCAUUUAGGAAGCCUGAAAGCUCAUGAGCGAAUACACACAGGGGAGAAGCCUUACCGCUGCUCCCAGUGUGGAAAGAGUUUUACCCAGUUAGGAAACCUGAAAGCUCAUGAGCGAGUACACACAGGUGAGAAACCUUACAAAUGCUUAGACUGUGGGAAGAUAUAUUACUCAUCACAGUCACUUAGAAGCCAUGAGAGAAUCCACACAGGGGAGAAGCCUUACCACUGCUCCCAGUGCGCAAAGCAUUUUACCCAUUUACGAUGCCUGAAAGUUCAUGAGCGAAUACACACAGGAGAGAAGCCUUACUGCUGCUCUCAGUGUGGAAAGCGUUUUACCCAGUUAGGAAACCUGAAAGCUCAUGAGCGAAUACACACCGGGGAGAAGCCCUACCACUGCUCCCACUGUGGAAAGAGAUUUAACCAUUCAGGAAAGUUGAAAGAACACAUGAAACUGCACACAGGUGAGAAACGACACCAGUGUUCCCACUGUGGAAAGGGUUGUAACCACUUAUGUGAGCUGAAACAACACGAGAGAAUACACACCGGGGAGAAGCCUUACCACUGCAUGCAGUGUGGAAAGAGUUUUAACCAGAAAGGAAACCUGAAAGCUCAUGAGAGAUUACACACAGGGGGGAAUCCUUACCACUGCUCGCAGUGUGUAAAGAGUUUUAACCAGAAAGGAAACCUGAAAGCCCAUGAGAAAAUUCACACAGUGGAGAAGCAUUACCACUGCUCCCAGUGUGGAAAGUGUUUUAACCAGUUAGGGCCCCUGAAACAACAGCAGAGAAUACACACAGGAGUGAAGCCUUACCACUAA